AUGCGUCGGAAAAGUUGUUAUCAAAUAUAUCUCAGGGUCUUCCAAAUGUGGGUUACCAGUACUUUUUAUGUCCAUUUCUUGCGCAGAUUCAUCGUGCUGGUUGUAAUCCCCAUAUUGUAUGAUCACCUCUAUAUAAUUAAUAUGCUAGUGAACAAUCUGAAACAAGCUUUUGUGGGAAUCUGCGGCUUCCUGCCUAAUUCGGAAAACACUCCAAACCCUUACGCUAGACCUACACCAGACCUUACACCAGAAAAAUCUCCAUCACGACAUUCGUAUAAUGUCGCGCAUUUGUCUGUUGGAUCGUUCGGCGCGGAACUUUCAACCGACGUCGUUCGCAAAUUCUGGACUUACACCCCCGAAGAAUGGCUCGGUUCUUGCACGACGGGCCCGGUUCUCUCCCAGUAG